UGGUCAAAACAAAGAAACCAGGGAAGCUUCUUUUUGUCUCGCUGUUUUUUCUGCAAUCAGAGGUAAAAAGAGUUCACGUUUAUGCCUGCAUGGGAGUAUUCAAGCAAGAAAAAGCUGGAAUAUAAUGGCGAAGUUUAUAAAAAAAUGACGAUAUCGACUGCUGCUCAAAGGGUGCAGCUUUUAGUGUGUGUUAAGAUGUUUUUCAACACAAAAGUUUGCGAGUAAAUCUGAAUUUAAAAUUCGAAAAAACAAGAAUCUGCAUUAUGUUCGGGUAUCCAUAGUAACAAAGGCCAUAGCAACAUCGAAGGUCUUCUAGUCCCAGGCUUCGAAUGAGAUUCAAACAACACUUCUCGAAGUAAACUGUUGAUGUUGAUCAACUUGCUUCAUUUGAUGACCCUGUUUUAAACUUCCAUUCCUAAUCAUGACUACAACAUGGAGAAACCAAGAGAGGACCAUGAAUGAUUAUAGAAAGAAAGAAAUCGAAAGAGAAUCCACAUUGAGAUCUCUGCAAAAUGAAAAACUUCUUGAAGCCAACAUGGAGAGCGAAGAACGGGUCGAAAACAGAAGGUUUUUGCGACGAAUGCAGCAAGAAAAUAAAGAGAGAGAAAUGGCUUCUGCUUUAAAGUCUGCCGAAGAGAGGCGUAUCAUGACAGAGAGGCAAAGAGAACAGGAGGAAAGGCUUGCCAAGGAACUUGAAAGAUGCAAGUUGGAGACCAUAAGAGACGAGAAACAUAGACAGCAAAUAAGAGAAAACAGCCUUGAACUGCGAGAGCUUGAAUCAAAGCUACGGGCGGGCUACAUGAAUCGAGAAAUAGCGGCCCAACUGGCCGAGAAAACGGCAAGGGAUUAUAAAGAUAAGGUACAAGAAGCUGAAUAUGCGGAAAACAUGGAGAAGGAAUAUUUAAAAGCACUAGAGAUGGAGAGAGACAAAGAAAAACAAAGAUGGGAGGAUAGUGUGCGAUAUCAUGAAGAAUUGGAGAAGCAGUUGAGACAGCAGGAGUUGGCCAAGCAGGAACAGUAUGAAGAAUUCUUAAAAGAGAAGUUGAUGAUCGAUGAAAUAGUAAGGAAGAUUUACGCGGAAGAUCAGAAAGAGCUAGAGGCAAAAUUGGAGAAACAGCGUGCUACGCAGGAGUAUAUUGAAGAAUUCAAACACAAGCGUGAAGAGUGGAAAAUCCGAGAAAGAGACAUGAUGGAGGAGGAAAACAGAAAAAUUCUCGAGUUUGCUCAGAGACAGCAACAACGGGAGAGCGAACGAAUGGCAGCCAAGCAAGAGAAGGAAGAGGCCAUGUCAGCUGUCCAGCAAAAGCUCUCCAAAGAAUUGGCAGAGAAGCAAGCUGCUAUUGAAGAAAUGGAAAAGAUUCGAACUGAACUUUACAUGGAAGAACAAGAAGAAAUGGAAAGGGAAAAGGACGCUGCCCUGUUGAGGCAACGCAUCCAACAGCGAUAUGAACUACUUGAAAUCAGCCGACAACAGCUUGAAAUGAAACGAAGGAAGAGGGAGGCUGAGAAAGAAGAAGAGGAAGAGUUUAGAAGACAGAUGCUUGCCAAGUUUGCUGAAGACGACCGCAUUGAGCAAAUGAAUGCGCAGCGGAGGAGGAUGAAGCAACAGGAGCACAAGAGAGCUGUUGAACAACUGAUUGAGGAACGAAGAAGACAACACGAUAUGGAUAAGGAACGUGAGAGACAAGAGCAAGAAGAACUUGAGAGGCUUGAGUCCUACAAGAGGCAAAUCAUUGAGGAAGAAAGACAACGCCUAUUGCAAGAGCAUGCUGCAAAACUUCUCGGUUAUUUGCCUAAGGGGGUCAUACGAGAUGAAGGUGAUCUCGAUUUGUUUGAUGAAACUUUCCGUAGCACGUACCGGCCAAGUCGAAGAGACCCAUUUGAUGAUGAUGAUGGCGCAUAUUAAUGUGCGUGUGGACACCCUGUAGACAUCGCAUAGGUGUACCAAUGUCAUAGUUGAAACAGUAUUGGGUCUAGCUAUUUUAACAGCCAACUGUGUAAGGAAUGUAACGGUUAAUUCUAUACAAUUUUGUUAUGUAUAUAUGGUAAUAAUAUUUUGUGGAUUGUGACGUCAUAA